GCUUCCUGUUUCCUCUGCUUAUUUGGAUGCCCUUGGCAAUCUACGCCCAGUCUUAGGCCCUUAUACGAAUUCAUGAUAAUUUAAUUAUUAUUACAACCACCUGGAAUCAACCAUGGCUAACAUAGAUAUGUCAAAGAUCAUCAAGCCUUGGAAACUUGAUGCCCAGCCUACAUAUUCUUUUAUAAACGCCAAGCUUAUCGACCCCGUCAAAGAGCAAGUAGUCGAAAAUGUUACAAUCAAAACAUCCGGAGGAAAGAUUCUGUCUAUAGACACUAGCGAAAACGCAGCUCCUAAUACUGCUGAUGGAGAAAUCACCAUUGACCUUAAAGGCAAGCAUGUGUGUCCUGGGCUAAUUGACUGCCACGUACAUAUCGCUGUAGUCCCCGGCGAAGCGAGUUUAAGCGCAUACAAGGAUAUGACUGAGAAAAUAAGUCUCAUUCGCCAACCCUGGGUCCUGAAACCGAUGCUUGAUCGAGGAUUCACAUCCGUCCGCGAUUGUGGUGGUGCGACAUUGGCUAUGAAAGAGGCUGUUGAAGAAGGCGUUUGCCUCGGUCCUCGACUCUUUAUAGCUGGAUAUGCGCUCUCUCAGACUGGCGGCCAUGGCGACAUGAGGUCUUCUCACGAUCAGAGUCCUUGCUCUUGCGGCACUGUCUCUGGAAUCAGUCGUAUUGUUGACGGAACAUCGGAAUGCUUCAGGGUUGCCCGCGAUGAGCUGCGCCAAGGGGCAGACUUUAUCAAGAUCAUGGGUGGCGGAGGCAUCGCAAGCGCUACGGACAAGAUUGAGAACCUUCAAUUUUCAGACGAGGAGAUCAAAGCCAUCGUUACCGCGGCAAAGAACAAUGGCACAUAUGUCACAAGCCAUAGCUACACGCCGCAGGCCAUUCAACAAGCCAUCCGACAAGGCGUGAGAGGCAUUGAACACGGCAACCUCCUUGAUGCAGAGACGGCUAAGCUCAUGGCCGAAACGGGCACAUUCCUUACACCGACGUUAAUCACGCACGUCAUGUCGAAGCAGCUCAAUUUCUUGCCUCCGGUGUCAGCAGCGAAGAACGAGGAUGUCUUGAAAAGGGGCCUUCAAGCUAUCAAGAUUGCGAGCGAUGCCGGCGUAACGGUCUGCUUUGGCACCGAUCUAUUAGGACCACUGCACUUUGCUCAGAGCAAAGAGUUUUCCGUGCGAAGCCAGGUUCAGACGGCGGGCCAAAUUCUUCGCAGUGCGACUGUCAACGCGGCCAAGUUGCUUAUGAAAGACGAUGAGCUGGGGCAGGUGAAGGAGGGAUUCCACGCCGACUUUAUAGUAUUAGAUGGAAAUCCUUUGCAGGACAUUACGCUGUUGGAUCGUUCUGAAUCGAGUAUCUUGGCCGUAAUCAAGGAUGGAAGGAUUGUUUCGUCAAAGUUGUCUGACGUCAAGGUAGAUGUAUCAAGUCGGCCAUAGAAAGGAUAAUGUUGAAGCAGUCUAUUAUGAAUGGUCUAGCGUGUGGAAAGUAAAUCUAUGGGUAUACAAAAUAUUACCAAGCAACCGCAUGUCCAUCACUGCGUAGAUCACUUCCUCCGUUGUAGACUCUCUGGCCACUUGGAUCGUAAUUUGCUUGGAUGACUUGUCCUCGGCCAAAUAGGUCACGAUUCCAUCCGGUUAUCAGCUCUACCUCAUGUCCUAGUUUGCGCAAACCCUCAACUGUCUCUUCCGGGAAUCCUUCUUCUAAACAUAUCAUAGACUUUUGUGUCAAUUUAGAAUAGUCGCCAGCCG